AUGGCUUCUAAGCUCUCCGCGGUGUCCGCACUUCCGCCCAUGGUCCCCUUUCCCGAAACGACAUGGAGGAACCAUCUUGUUCCUGAGGAAUGGGAAGCCUGCCUGGAUGCUUGGAUCUCUCUUGCAGAAGCACAUCUGUCAUUAUCAACUCCGGAUUUUAUUCGAAUCUCCUCAAAAGAUGAAUCCCUCCCCGGUUUCCUCACGUCCUUUGCCGCAGAACUGGCCUCGUCACAUGACAUCUCCCGAUCACCAUCAGACCUCUCGAAAACAAGACGCCUACGAAAGCAAAGCUUCUUGCUGACAUAUAGGCUCCUAGAAGUUGGAAAGCCUCCUGAGUCGCUGAUCAAAUGGGAUUUCCUCGCAGACGUCAGCAAGGUGUAUGGCAAGAGUCAUGCCAGUAAGCUGGUAACGCUGGCCUGGAAACAAAGUUCUGCUGCUUUGGAAGUUUCCAUGGGCCUGAUCAAGACUGUUCUAACCAAAGAACUGGAUGCCGGAUUGAAAGGGGAUUUGAAGACGUCGGAAAUACAACUAAAGCGUCUCAAUCACCUGCUACAUGCGUCCCCUGAAGCAUGUGCGUUUUUCAUGGCCGGUAGUGACUUCUUGGACUCUCUUGUCAGUUGCUAUAAACUCAUGAAUCCUCCAUUGCGCAAAGCCAUCCUCUCGACUACAUAUUUGUGCCUUAUUGGCCUCACAGAAGGGGAGAAGCCCAGAUUCUCUUCUUUGAUUGAUCAGCUUUAUUCUUUGAAGUCUGCCGCAGAAGCUCACAAGGCAGGGCCUACGAAUUCGAACGAUUCUCUCGUUGCUGAAUUGGUCACUGUUACUCCUGUUCUGAAGCAAGUGCAGCAGCGGAUAGAUGCUAGUGGUUCAGAUUCGAGCAGAGCAAAGACAGUGAUCACUGCUCUUGACGGAUUUCGAAAGCCGGGGGGCUCUGGCAGACCAGCUCGUUUGAUUAAAAAGAGAAUCAGUAAAGGCAAAGGAGUAGCCACCGAUGGCGACUAUGGACAUACAUCACACAAUCAAGUUCAUAUUCAUCGCAUGAGCUUGAUUUCUCAAGUGCAGGAUCUCUUUCCGGACCUUGGGUCUGGUUUCAUCGUGAAGCUACUUGACGAGUACAGCGAUGAUGUAGAACAAGUGAUUGCUCAUCUCUUGGAAGGAUCUUUACCUCCUCACCUCGAAAGUGCUGAUCGUUCUGAAGUGCUGGAAUCAACACAUCAAAUAUCAGGAGACUACGCACCUGACUUGGCGCCUCGCUCUACACCGCCACAACUACCCACACGUCGUAACGUGUUCGAUGAUGAUGAGCUUGACCAACUUGCCGUUGAUACGUCUCGAUUGCACUUUGGGCGCCGAAACCCUGAUCAGACAGCAGAUGACAUUCUCCAAGACAGGUCCAAUGCCCCAGCAAAAGCGGCAAUCCUUUCGGCCUUAGCAGCAUUUGAUUCAGAUGAUGACGAACGUGAUGACACCUACGACGUUGCAGAUGUAGGAGGAACAGUCGAUUCUGCGACACCUGGCAACAAUCCGGAGGAAGCAGAUGCAGAUAUUCGAGAUAGCCGUGAUGAAGUGCUAUUCCGAGCAUAUAAACUUACGCCAGCAGUCUUUGAUCGGGAUGCCGGAACGCGGAGAGGGGAGCCAAGAAAGGCCCUGAAAGAGGAGACUGGAAUGACCGACGAAGCUAUUGAAGGGUGGGCGCUUAUGCAGUCACGAGAUCCAAGACAAAUGCGAAGACUUGAGGCGAAGUUCUCAAACUUUUCUGGGGCACAGACCGAGUUGGCUCCUACUUCUUGGAGAGCUGGCUCUGGGACGGAGGAUUCUGGCAGAGGCGGGUCUAGGGGCCGUGGUGGUCGUGGUGGUCGGGGUGGACGAGGGAGGGGACGGGGAAACGUUGCGGGACCAACUGGAGACAAGGAGACCGAAGUUGCGAGGCAUAAAAAGGAUGCAAAUAAGGGUUCGCAAGCGAAUCAUAAUCGGAGAGAUCAGAGAGCGAAGAAGAUGGCUAGGGGCGGUUUCCCUGGCUGA